AUGUCUGCAAACGAUUUUUAUUCAUCCGGUGAUCAAGGAUCAUACGAACCAAGCCGUGAUAACCAACAACAAGGCCAACAACAAGGUCAACAAGGAGAAGAUGGUGACAGAGGUCUCAUUUCUACACUUGCAGGUGGUUCUCUUGGAGCAUUUGGUGGAUCUAAAUUAGGUGGAAACCACUCCACUUUAGGUGGUAUUGGUGGUGCCAUUGCUGGAGCAAUUGGAGCCAAUAAAAUUGAAAACGCAUUUGAAAGCCACGGAUCACAAAAUCAAGGACACGGUCAAAACCACCAAGGAGGUGGAUUGGUCGGUGGAUUGAGUAACUUCUUGGGUGGAGACAAGCAUGGUGGAAACCAAGGUGGAUACGGUGGAAACCAAGGUGGAUACGGUGGUAACCAAGGUGGCUACGGUGGCGGAAGACACGAAGGUGGAAGACACGAAGGUGGAAGACAUGAAGGUGGAUUCGGUGGCGGAUUCGGUGGUAGAGACGAAGGCGGAUUCGGUGGUAGAAAUGAAGGUGGAUACGGUGGUAGAAACGAAGGUGGAUACGGUGGUAGAAACGAAGGUGGAUUCGGUGGUAGAAACGAAGGUGGAUUCGGCGGUGGUCCAGGUGGUCCAGGUGGUCCAGGUGGUCAAGGUGGUUACGGUGGUGGUCAAGGUGGCUACGGUGGUGGUCAAGGUGGCUAUGGUGGUGGAAACCAAGGUGGUAGAUGGUAA